GGGCGCCCCUUCCCUGCGCUCCCGCGGCCGCUGCCGUCCCUCCUCCCCGCCAGCAGGUGCCCCUCGGCCGCCGCUUCCUCUUCCCGGGCGGCGGAGGCGGCCCGAGCAGCCGCGUCCGUGCGGUGGGUGCGCGGGGAAGGGCCUGGCCCCGCUGCCUCCCUUGCGGCCUGCGGGGACCCGGCCUCGGCAUCCGCAGGCACCCGCAGAGCCGCGGAGGCCGCUGGAGAACAGCGGGGCCGGAGGCGAGCGGCGGAGGCCGGUUGCAGCCUCCUAAGUAACUCCUGGUCAGACUUGCAGUGCCCAACCUUCCUGUUUGGCCUGUUGCAACUUUGACUCCUCAUCAAGCGUGGUCCUUUUGGUGUUCCAGAAGGACCUGGGUGUGAAUCCAGUGUGCUGGUCAGCAGGUACCAGCAGGACCAGUGGCACUUUUGCUAUUACUCAACUGGAAACUCGCGCAUCCCAGAGCGUGACUCAACUGCUUUUGAUGCGCUUCCCUGAAUGCUCAGGAAUAACGAGACACAUCUUGCAUUGCAUGGAAAGGAUGCUGUUCCCUCUGCCUCUGCGGGUAGCCUGCAGUCUGCUUGCCUGGUUCUCUCUCUACACUUGGUUCUGCCAUCGCUACAAGCACCGGAAUUACGAAUGGAGCUGCAGGCUGGUCACUCUGACCCACGGCAUCCUUGCUACCUGCCUCUCUGCUUACGUUGGCUUUAUUGAUGGUCCCUGGCCUAUGAGUCACCCAGGAUCACCAAACACAACUCUCCAGGUACAUGUGCUGUGCCUUAGCUUGGGCUACUUCCUCUUCGACCUCUGUUGGUGUGUGUACUUCCAGACGGAGGGUGCCCUGAUGCUGGCCCACCAUCUGGUGAGCAUCUUGGGUAUCACAGCAUCGCUGGCACUCGGGGAGUCAGCUGCGGAGGUCAAUGCCGUCAUCUUUGGCAGUGAGAUCACUAACCCGCUGCUGCAGGCUCGCUGGUUCCUGAAGGAGAUCGGGUGUUACCACAGUUUCACAGGUGACGUGGUGGAUUUCUUCUUCGUGGUCCUCUUCACUGGGGUGCGGAUUGGAGUGGGGGCCUGGCUGAUGUACUGUGAGCUUGCUUCUCCCAAGCCCAGGUGGUACAUUAAGCUGGGCGGCGUCAUCAUGUACGCUGUCUCCUGGGUUUUCAUGGUCAGCAUCUGCCGCUUCGCUCGGAGGAAGAGCAUGAAGAAGUACCACGCCUGGAGGAGUCGGAGGAGUGAGGAGUUAUACUUGAGAGCUAAUGGACACCUAAAAACCCACUGACGGGAUGCUGAGUAAAGACUUCCUCGAGUUCGCAGUCUGGCAAGGAGGGGAUCGUGCCUGAAAUGCCACUGUUGGGAGAGGAGCCAACACACGUUAGCAAUUCUGGAGCCAAAUUUAUCCCUGGCAUAACUCCACUGAAAUCCAUGGAGCUAUGCCAUGGAUUCAUUGGAUCUGCAGCGUUUGGCCUGGCAGAGGUUGGCUCAGUGUCUACGUAAGCAUACACUAAAUGAUAUGAGUGAAAGAAGGGCUAAUUUUACUGACUAAACAUAACCAGUCCAGCAGUGCAGGUGUAAAUAGUAAUUUUCAUAGCUAACUCCUUCAGCACUGGUAGAAUCUUGGCAAAGAGAGGACAUAACACUAGAUCUUCACAUUCAGAGUCCUGUACAGUCUAGCCAGUUAGAGUGACUCUUCAUAGUGUUAGGAAGAAGCAUCUUCUAGUGUUUUGUCAGAGUUGGGAUUCCUGGCUCUUCCACCAACUUGUUACGUGACCUUGGGCAAGUCAUGUAACUCUAACUCUGUGCCUCAUUUCCCCAUCUGUGAAUUGGGGGUGAUGGAGCUGAUCCAUCUGCGUUAUGCACUUUCAGAUUUUCACUUGAGAGGUGCUAUAUGAGUGCAAAAUGAGGGUUGGUAUCUGCACUUCAUUCAUUAUCCCUGUGUUUCCUUUGGGAGAAACUUAUUUUGGUGGUUGAGCUAGAGUGUGGCUCUAGAGAGAACAGAAUUUUAGGUAGGUGGCUGUUUCCUACCCUGAUUCCUUUCAGUAACUUAUUCAGUAGUGUCCAGGAGCUCUCAUCAGCACUGGCACCUUGCAGGACUAGGUGCUCUGUGAAUACACCCAAAGACACAGUCCCCAAUGCAAAAUGCUUUUCUGACUCCUUCUCUCUUCAUCCCUCACUGUUAAAACUCCACCCACCCCUUCCAAAUACUGCUGUUAGCUCCUUGAGUGGCUACCACUGUUAUGAGAAGCUCAACAAGCGUGUUUCCUCAGAUCCAAAUUGGGAUUUCGGGUUGAAGAGUGGCCAACGCACAUCUUCAAAUCACGGUGGCUAAGAUGGAAAAGCUACUCGGCUUCAAGUCUGUCCCGUGCCCUGUUCAAGACAGAGACUUACCUAAGGCUAUCCUUAUCUGAAUUGACGCCUUGACCUCUUGUUUUUGAAUUCACUUCUGUCUCCCUGAUUGGAUCUGUGUCUCUUUAUAAAAGUGGGCAUUUAGAGCCACUUAUUUACAUUUAUAGGCAUUUAUUUGCAGCCAAUUCUUAAAGGAGCUAGAGGUACAUAAUCUGGCCUUUUUUUAAUCAGAAAAGUGAACCUGACUGGGAGGAAAACUCAGCGUUACUUUCAUCUGGUCCCAUUUCGAGGGAAAAACUGUCCCCUGGUUGGCAGCUUCUGGUGUUUAUUUCACUGUGUGUUCUUAAGUGCUGUUCCUUUGUUACUGCUCUCAUCAUUAUGAUCAUUUUAUUUUGAGCCUCAGCACCAGGCCUGCAGUACAGCUCAGGUGCCAGUUCUGCUGUGAGCCUUGCCUGCUGCAGCCAAAGACCCGAAGAGCCCAAACCGCUUCAGAUUUAAUAGAGCCAACUGAUGGGUGAGUUGGUCCUGAAAAGGAAACUUGACUCAUUUAGCACAGCAUGGUGAUGGGACUAUUGGGCCUUGAAAGGAGACAAGAAGGGCUAGUUGGGGUAUGCUGGUUCUUUCCCAGCAGUGCUGCUGCUGUUGGGCACGUCAAGGAGCCUUUUAGCCUCAGCUUACCCACUCUAUUAAGUGGGUACAACAUUACCUACCUCGUGGGGUGUUUUCAUUUGUUAACACUAUGCUACCUUUGAUGAAGGCUUGGUGGUCUGUGUCAAGCUGUGCUGUCUAAAGGCAAAAUUGCUUUGAGCAAAGCACUUGUAACAGUGACCCAUCAUCAGCACUUUGUCACCUGAACAUGGCACUUCCCAGCAUCUGGCUUGCCUCACGAAAGCAGGACUCCAAGCUGUUCUGCAGUGGUUCUGAUGGGUAGGAGUCUAAAGGAAUAAGCUAGGCAUCUGCAUAAAGAUCAGGCAUGCUGCUGCUUGUUCAGGUGGACUCCCAAGCUGAAGACAGGAUGUCCAGUGGGUUUUCCCUAGUAAGGAUUACAGUACAUGGAGCCAAAAGCUCCAUUAGGACUCUAACCUCUGCUGUGCAGCUUACCGCAUCGUUACUUCCCUGCCGUGGGGGCUGUACAGCCCAUAUCUGCCCACGUGAAUAAGGAUGUCAGCGACUGCAGGUAUCUAUGAAACAGCUUGUAUGAAGAUGUUCUGAAAGACAAUGGCCCUUAAUGGCUGACUUCUUCCCUUCUUUGAACUGGGGGGAAGCUUGGCUGGAAGAAGUAGAGCACUGUGGUCAGUGUUGAGGCCUUAGAAGUUAAACAAGGGCACCAGAAAACAAAAAGAGCAAUUGGGAAUGGCUUUAUGAGGCAGAGCUAGCAAGGACGUCUCAGAGUAAGGCCUCAUAGUCAGGUAGUGGGCUCCAGCAUAGAAUCAUAGACCCAGAAGAAGUGUAACUUUCAGGCUAUGGAGCACAUGGUGGAACCUGUCCUCAGGCUAGUCCAUAGUGGCUAGAGCAAAUUGUAAAAGGAAACUGUGGAACUAGUGUGAAAUAAUAACUUGUGUUUGAAUUACUGUGUAAUAGCAACUAAUGUUCCACCAGUGAAUGGUGUAGAUGCUUUGUAUUAUGUUUUAUAAAAUAAAGAUUAUUUAAUUAUAUGAGA